GGGGCCGCCUCGCAUCGUGCCCGGUUCAGGCCGCCCCGUUCCCUGCGCGCCCGGAGGCCGCCAUUGCCCCCGCGGCUACUUCCGCCCGGCAGCUCCCGUCGCCGGGGCAACGCGGCCUCACACUCCGCACUGCGCAUGCGCCAGCCGGGCGGCGCUCUCUGCGCAUGAGGGGCGGUGCGCUCCGCCAAUCCGCGCUCUCCUUCACCCCUCCUGCGGCCAAUGGGAGUGAAGCGGAAGCGGGUGGGGAGGAGGCGGGACCGGAAGCGGGGCGGCGGCGGCGGCGCUGGGGCCGGUGCCGGCGGCGGGAUGCGGCGCUGGACGGAGCCGCUGAAGGCGCGCGCGGCGCGGUACGCGCUGGAGCGCUCGCUCGGGCCCUUCCUGGAGGAGCGGCUGCGGCUCGAGCAGCUCAGCCUGGACCUGCGCGGCGGCACCGGCUGCCUGCGCCUGCUGCGCCUCUGCGCGCCGGCCGUGGAUGAGCUGCUGGCGGCGGCGGGAGCGCCCCUGGAGCUGCGCGAGGGCGUCCUGGGCUCCGUCACCGUCACCGUGCCCUGGGCCGCGCUGGGCUCCCGCUCCUGCGGGCUGCGGGUCACCGGGCUGCGCCUGGCGCUGCGCCCCCGGCAGCGGGGGGGGCCGGGGGCUGCUCCCCCCUCCUCGCGCCGGCGAGACCCCCCCCCAGAGUUGCCCCCCCUGGAGGGGCUGGAGGCGCUGGCCCUGACCAUUGAUGGAGUGCUGCGCCGGCUGCGGGUGGAGCUGGAGGACACGGAGCUGCGGGUGGAGCUGCCGGGGGGGGUCCUGGAGCUGCGGCUGCCCAGGGUGGAAUAUGAGGACGAGGGGGGGCCGGGCCCGGGGCCCCCCCCGGUGCUGCUCAAGGGGCUGCGCUUCGGGGACCUGCGGCUGCUGUGGCACGAGCUGCCCCCCCCCGAGGCCCCGGAGGCCGCCCCCCCCCCGCCGGUCCCGGUGGGGCUCAGCCCCGGCCCCUCCCGGCUCUCCCUGAGGCUGAAGCAGAACCAGGCGCUGCCAGGACCUGCGGUGGAGGUGCAGGGGGAGGUGGGGGCCCUGCACUUGCUGCUGCCCCCCCCACUGCUGGGGGCCCUGUGGGGGCUGCUGGGAACCUUCGACCCCCCCGAUCCCGGCCCCCCCCCCGCGGGGCGCAGCCGCCCCCUGGGCCCCCAGGACCUGCAGCUGAUCGAGCGGGAGCUGAGCCGCUGCCUGCGGGGGGGGGACCCCCCGGACCCCCCCGGGGACCCCCCUGGUGCUGAGCUGUUCUACUCCAUGACGGGCUCCCUGGGGGGGCAGAGCCCGGCCCCCCCCGAGGCCACGCCCCCCCCCAGCCCCUCCCCCAGCGCUGCGGGCAGCCCCCGCUUCCAGCCUCCCUCCUCCCGGCACUCACCCCCACCCGGGCAGGGCCCCCCCCGGCCGGGGGGGUGCCGGGUGCGGGUGACACUGGGCACGGUGACGAUGGCGCUGCCCCAACCGGGGUGUCCCCCCCCCCCGCGGGGACGAGCAGCUCCUGUGGGGGGCGCUGUGCGGCGGCCAUGCCCUGCCCUUCCCCCACCUCAGGAGCCGCCCCCCCCGCGGGAGCUGUCGCUGGACCUCGGCCCUCUGGAGAGUGACCUGGACCUGGGGCUGCUCGAGCGCUUUGCCCCCGCCCUCGUUGGAUUAGGCCCCGCCCCCGGCACGGACACGCCCCCCGGCGAGGAGUGGGCGUGGCCUCGCGUGCGGUGGGCGGCGCCAAGGGCGGUGCUUCGGCUGCGGCUGCCCCGGGUCGACCUUCGCCCCCCCCCGGCGCGGGGGCCCCCCCCGAGCCUGCGCCCCGAGAGCCUGCGGCUGGAGAUGGGGGCACCCCGCGGUGCGGGGGGGCCGCGGGGGGGGGCGCUGGUCUGCUCCCGCCUCCUGGUGGUGUACGAGGCCGAGGACAUGGGCACCAUCCCCUGCCUGCGCGUGGAACCCGGCCCCGGCCCCGGGGGCACCCGCUGCCUGCCCACGCUGGAGGUGACGGUGCCUGAACCCCCCUCAGGGGCCCCCCCCGGAUCCCCCCCGAGCCCCUUCUCGGCCCAGCGCAGCAUCUACGAGAGCCAUGAGCUGGUGCUGCCGGGGACCCCCCAGGAGCUGGGGGCGUUCGUGGGGGGGGCGCUGGGGGGCGCCCCCUGCAGCCUGCGGCUGGCACUGCCCCGCGCCCACCUCAGCCUGCGCCCCCCCGCGCUGCUGCAGCGGCUCUACAGCAGGAUCAAUGAGCUCCUGCUGUGGGAGCCGGCUGGCCCCGCCCCCUCUGGAGACCACGCCCCUUCGGCGGGAAACCACGCCCCCUUUGGAAGCCACGCCCCCAGCGCAGGCUCCGCCCCCUCCAGCUCUGACACCUUCAAGCCCUGCAAAUCAGCCCCGGGCACGGACUCCGAUGAGGAGGAGGAGGAGGAAGAGGAGGAUGACGAAGGCCCCGGGGUGCCCCCGGGGGCCGUGGCCACCCCCCCCCAGAGCAGCGUCGUUGUGCUCAUCACUGUCCCGCGGGGCCGUGUCACCGCCGACUGUCACCCCCCGGCGGGGUCACCGGGGUCACGGCUGGUGCUGGAGGUGGGGGAGGGGCGGCUCUGCCUCGUGCCCACCCCGGGGGGGCGGCGGGGGGGGGCCGGGGCCUGCGCUGAGGUGAUGGAGCUGCGGCUGUGGCACGGGCCGGUGCCAGAGGAGGGGGGGGAGGAGCUGGAAGUGCCGGGGGGGGAGGGGCCGUCCCCCCCUCUGCAGCUUGUGAUUGGUCCAUGGGAGGAGCCGGGGCCCCCCCCUGAGGCCCCCCCAGAUCCCCGGAUGUUGGUGCUGGCGCUGGAGAGUGACCUGAGCCCCCCCGGGGACACCCGGGAGCUGGUGGUGUCGGUGGCCCUGCAGGGGGCGCUGUUGCAGCACCGCCCCGCCCCCCCCGCGCAGCAUUGGUUCAGCCAGCUGCUGGCGCUGCUGGCGCUGGAGGAUGAGCCGGUUUUGGGGUACACGGCGCCGACCCCCCUGACCCGGCUCCACCUGCACCUGCGCCGCUGCGGCCUCCACUACCGACCCCCCCCGCUCCCGCUGCGUGUCCUGGUCACCGCCGAGACCCUCAGUGUCACCAGCAGCAGCGUCCCCGACACCAGCACGUUCCUGCUGCGGCUGCUGGUGGACGAUGGCGCCGUCCUCCUCAGCGACCGCUGGCGGGAGCCGAGGCUCGAGCUGCAGAGAGAUUUCAUCUGUGUCCUGGACGUCGACUUCCUGGAGCUGCUGCUGAGCUCGUGGAAGGGCAACGGCGAAGGGCAGAGCCCGCCCUGCCCCCGGGACGAGCUGCGCCUGGCGCCCGCCCGCCUGCGGGCCCGGACCUGCCCCGACAGCGCCGCCGCCAUCGCCCAGCUCCUGCGGCACCUCUCCGGCCCCACGGCGCGACCCACGGCGCGACCCACACCCGGCCCCACACCCGGCCCCACUGCCGGCCCUGCCCCAGCCCAUGGGGACACCCAGGUCCCCGCCUCCGCCCCCCACGGCCCCCCCACGGCCACCAUCAACCAGCAGGACCUGACAGACGCCCUGCGUGAUGCCCCACGCCAGCCCCAUGGCGCCCCACAGCCCCCCGAUGAGGCCUUGCCGCCCCCCCCCACCCCCCCCAGUCUCUGUGUACCUGUUCCCGGGCGAGGGGGGGCCCCGGCCCCAUGGCUGCCCCAUAGCGGCUGCCCCGGCCCCCCCCGCGCCCCCCCCGGCCCCGCUGGGGGGCAGCGGCAGCCCCGAGGCUGACGGCUUUUGCAUCCUGGAGGCCCCCCCGAGCCCCGCGGCGGAGGGCGCCCCCUGCCUGCGCUGGUUGGCGCCGGGGCCGCUGCGGCUCGUCGAGGGGCACUUCGGGCCGGGGGGGGGCGGCGGGAGCCGGGACCGGCUGCGCCCCCCCCCCGGGGCUGCCCCCGCCGCGGGAGCGCCUCGUGCUGCGCGACACGAGCCUGCGCUGGCAGCUCUUCGGGGGGCGGGACUUCGGCGCAGGCCACGCCCCCGCCGCCGCGCGGCCGCGCCGCGGAGGCCACGCCCCCUCUGGCCACACCCACUGGCGCAGCCGGGGGGGCCCCGGGCGCAGGCAGGACCUGCUGAUGGAGCUGCACCUCGGCAAGGUCAGCGUCCAGCACGAGACCUACGAUGAGGAGGCGGCCGAGGGGCAGCCGUGGGGCGGCCGAGGGGCAGGCGAGGGGCCGGGGCAGCGGCCGGGGGGCAGCCGGGGGGCAGCCGUGGGGCCGGGCGAGCGCCCCACUGCCCGCCUGGUGCUGCUGGUGCAGGAGCUGGAGCUGCGGGACCGCCUGGGGGGGGAUGGGGCCCCCCCGUUCCUGAGCCGCCACC